GGGAAUAUGUGACUUGGGUUUUUCCUCAAUCUAUGAUGGGAGUGCGUGCCCUCCUGUUUGUCGUUCCAUGGGUCCGAAAGCAGUCCCGCGUUCGUUCUCGUUUGGCUUCUACAAAACGACCUCGUAUCACCACAUCUCACCGUCGUCAGCCAAUGCCAUGAGAGAUCACCUGUCUCUCACCAGAAUCGCAACGAACAGAAUCCAAAUCCACCUCCGCCGCGCACGAUCUCACUGUCCGCGGCUCCUUUCUGUUGACGUAUCGAAAGGUCCCAUGACCGACGAAGCCGAUAAGGGUACCAAAUCAGGCGACGACGAAUCGUCGGCGUUGAAGGGCGGGAAGAAAGAGGAGGAGGAGGAGGAGAAGGUCGUGUUGCCGCCGCCGCCGCCGCCGGAGAAGCCGUUGCCGGGGGACUGUUGCGGCAGCGGGUGCGUUCGGUGCGUGUGGGAUAUUUACUACGAAGAGCUUGAGGAUUACAACAAACUGGUCUCCGAAAUCAAAAGCAAAAGCGAUUCUGGUUCUAAGUAAUAACAGGCUGAACCCUAGGGUUCAUAAAGUUGAGCUGUGAAAUUCAUUGACGACUUUCAUGAUUAAAGGUCUUUUCUUUUUUCUGUUAAUUGUAUACAGGUCCUGGUUUAUAUUGUAUUUUGGAUGAUUAUUUAAUGGAAUGGAUUGGUUGUUCUGUU